AUGGAUGUCAUGGCGAUUAAGAAAGAACUGGCUCAGAUGAAAGCACGAGUGGCUAAUGGUGAAACUCGGCUUGCGACUGCUGGCCAGAGUUAUGUUGUUCAGCGAUAUCUGGAUGGGCUGACCAGCUAUGCGGAAACCAUUUCUAAUGAUAUCGUUUGGUCCGACUCGGAUAAUGAUCUGCCGGUGCUGUCGGAUAGGGCGAGUCUAGCGUCCCGGCGAUUGAAUGAAGGUGACAUUAAUGCCAAAAAAGAGGCCCCUAUCAACGCAUCGGGCGCAGAGCGCAUCCCCGAUGGAACCUUCUUGCGCGUCGAAGAGCCCGGUCUUCGUAAAAAAAAAAGCCCGCUACAGCCGCCAACAGAGAAUGUGACACAACGCCAGGAACGAUGGGCCCAGAAGAAAGUGACCGAGGGAAGAAAUGAUUGGAAACAUGAAGGAGCGUUGGAGAGUGAAAGCGGUGAAAUGGCUGAAGUAUCGACACCGUUCAACGUCAGAAGCCAAGGAGAUGAAUCUCAACCUCCAAUGAACGGGAAGGCUGGUCAGAACCACUCCAAAGCAGGUUGUUGA